UCUCGGGCGCGAUUGAAGAGGCGCAAGAAAUUUUUGACAUUUGAUGGGGUCAGUAAAACUGUUUCAUGUCGACGAGAGAUUGGGCGGCCAUGGAUGUUUGGUCACGUUUUGGGCAGUCUAGGUAUGCUCUUGAGUCAUCGUCACGGAUGGAUCCCAACGUUGAUCGAGCUGUCGGGGUUAGUGGAGCCCGAGGAGAGCGACUUCCGAGGAAAGGGCUUUACGAGCGCCGUUUUGAGGGCGAACAAACCCAUGCUGCCAGGCCCGGGGUUGGGGGUAAAAGCAGUUGGUAGGCAGGCUACCUACCUUGUUCAGGGAAAGCUAAAAUGGCGAGUCACGGCCUGUAAAAUGUGGAUAAACGGUAAUGAGUGUACUAAACCACGGAUACUGCCUAUCUGGGUACGGAUAGGCAGUUUACAUACGGAUACUCCGUAUGCGUCUGGUAGUUGCGGAUGUGGGGUCGGAGCAACUCUCAAUCGGCGCGGGGUGAUUGUUGCACCAUUCCCCAGACGCGGCGUUGCCAUGGAUGGCGACUCAGUCGCCAGCUUAGCCGACCUCUGGGGCCAGGGCAAGGCAAUCUCUCGUCGGGCGGCCCGACGUAUCCUGCCUCCUACCUUUGCAUCGGCUACACAGCCGGUCACCGCAGCCGGAUUGGUACAUCCAGAUCGGCAUACCCACCAAGCCGAUCGUCGUGGGGUGGUCAUGAGCAACCAGUCAUUGUCGAAAAACCUUGCCGUGGCGGCGCCGUGACAGGUGCCGUGACAGCGGCGUAACAACUUGCGUGGGUGGCACGAGAGGGUUUUGUUUUUUUGGAAACUUUUUGCAAUUCGCAACGAGUUGCCCCCAGGGUUUCGUUUCUCGGUGUUUGGAGUAAACGGUCGUGCGCCAUCGUCCAAC